UCGUUAUGCAGUUCUUGUAGAAUCGCGUAUAUCGGUGCUCGUCUACCUAAAUCUAUGUUCAACAGCGUGAAUUUAAAUUCGAAUCACAUUCUUAUAAGUGAUAUAUAAUGAAGUAAUAAAGAAUUGUGGAAUGAAACAAACAGUGUUGUGAAGGUCACUAGUUGCUUGCUGCAGAAGAAAGCGCCGCUAUAUGAUCAACUUUAUCUUUUAAUACUGAAGGCUACGCAUGCGCUGGCCAUAGCUGUUCGAUACCGCGCCGUCGUCUCACGCGCUGAUCACAAAUUACGAAUGUAAAUAUUAUAAGUGCGCGGGUUAAUCCGCAUUCGAAUUUUAAAUUUUAAAAAUCAAAUGCGAUUGCAAUUUUAAAAUUCAAAAUGCGCGUUGUGUUUUUGUUUCUUUGUGUGAGUGUUUACGUAGUGAUGGGACAAAAUGCGAACGAUAUGGCAAAUAUGCCGAAAUAUGAUCAAAGAUAUGACUAUUUGGAUGUAGAUGCGUUGUUCAAUAAUAAGAGACUAGUCAGAAAUUAUGUGGAUUGUCUAAUUAGUGCAUCGAGGUGUACGCCGGAAGGAAAGGCGCUCAAAAGAAUACUUCCAGAAGCGUUAAGAACGAAAUGCGUCCGCUGUACAGAGCGGCAAAAGAGGACUGCCGUUAAAGUCAUCAAGAGACUGAAAUAUGAGUAUCCAGAGGAGUGGGCCAAACUGUCCUCUAGGUGGGACCCCACCGGUGACUUCACGAGGUACUUCGAAGAGUUCCUCUCUAAGGAGCAUUUCAACUUCAUACCUAAUUCUGGUAAUGAAAUCCCAGCGUCGUCGUCAUUACCGACGUCUCCCCCGAGGGUUCCACCACCAGUGUCUGUCCAGCCCCCGCUCAGCAGCACACCACCAUCACCACCGAGAACUACGCCGUCGCCACCGACCACAACAUUCGCUCCGCCACGACCGCUUAUACUGAAUAGAUUUGGAGACGACGGUGAGCUGAUGGUGGUGAGCCCGUCCUCAGCAGCCGGUACCACCCGGCCCACCACACCGCCGCCAUACAUGAGACCCAUUUCACCAAUUACCAUGCGGCCUAUGAAUCAACCUAGACCAACAAUUGUAUCGUGGACAGUAGCGUCGUCCGACGCAAUGCCCACGCGUUUCCCAUUACGUCCAUCGAAAGACAUGAGCCCGCCAUACAGCACCACCAUCACGCUCAUCGACCAGAUCGGCUACAAGAUCAUCAGGACCACCGAACUCGUGAAAGAUAUAUUGAAAAACACAGUGCGUGCUGUUGUCGGUCGGUAGAGUGAUAGAGAUUAAGGCAUUCAUGUUGUUUCCACUUUUUCCGUGUUCGCUGUGACAAUGCUUUUUUUUUUAAUUGUCCUUAAUAAUUUUUUUGAAAUAAUAUAUUUUCCAAAACAUGAUAGGUUUUCACGUAAAUAAGUAUGGGACUAUCGACGAUGUUUGUAUACGAAAUCAUGUCUGUGAGUCACGUAUUAAGGGGCUACUAAAAAUCAGUGUCGUAGCUUCAGAUAUGAAACUUCGACAUAUACUGAGUUGGGUCCUUUUCACAAACACUGCUACAUUCACCUUAUGUUUUUUUUUUUCUUUUAUUGUAAUUUAUAAUAAUUUAUAUAAUAAAAUUAAAAAUUUUAUUUCGUAUCCUGACAAAUCAAAUGCGAUAAAAUAAUGGAAACUAGAAUAUUAUAGAAAUAUAAAUAUGGUGCCUUCUUACUUUAGCCUUGCUCAACAUAAUAGGAUAUUUAAUUAUGUCAUAAUUUAUAGUGCUGUUGCAGCAGCAUAAAAUGAGAUUUGUUGACGGUAUACCACCGAACUGUUUGGGUAUAACGUUUAGGUAACGUAAACGUUUAAGUUUUUUAUUCUAUUUUUGAAUUUUGAUUUUGUUUAUUAAACGUAACUAAAUUCAGUUAUAUGAAUGCCUAUAUUAAAUAGGAGCAAUGUGAGUAUUAAUUUAUUGGAUCGUUAAUUAAUUUGCCACACAAAUUUUCUGCUUUAAUGAGCAUAACAAUUAUAAAUUGGUAUAUUAUUGGUAAACAGCGCCAUCUUUACGGGUGACUUGUAACACAGGUUCUUCAAAACCUACCGCAAGCACCAGUUUCUCACAAAAUUGGUCUUCACAUCAAAUUGUACCUCAAGUUGUCACUUUAUACUAUCUUUUGUGAAGAGAAAAUAAACCAUUCAUUCAUUCAUCUAGUUCCAUAUAAAGCAGACCUUGUAUUAUAAUAGCUGGUCUACAAGUACAAAUCAAAUAAAGUCCUAAAAAUACUUUUACAUGAAGCGUAGUACUAAAUUGGUACAUGAUCUUUUGAAGAAGCGGAUCCCCAACCUUGGGAAGAUGAGAUUUCGGUUUAUUUUUAAUUUUUUUCAAAGUCAACCUAUAUAAAUUUUUAUUAUAAUUUGAAAAAAAUUAUUGACGUUUAAAUGUAGUAAAUAAAAAAAAAAAGAUUAAAAAGGAACCAGGUCGACUACCAAGUAGAGACUGCUACCGAUAUGUAUAUAGGAAUAAGUUUCAUAUCUUGAAACCUGUUGAACAAAACAAUGCAUCAGCUAACAAAUUGGACUAUAAUAGGUGAUAGGUAUUAUAUGUUCUAAUAUCUAUUUUUAGUGAUCAUGUUCAGAUUAUAUAGAUGGUGUCAAAAUUUAAUCAGCCGAUAAAUGACUAAAGUACACUGAUAUUUUUUAAAUCAAAAUGAACGCGCUUUUUAUCAAUUUUUUUUUAAUGUUUAAAAACCGAUCAAAUUUAAAAAAAUGGAAUUGCGAACUAUUUUUUAAAUAUGCAUACAUAUAUACUUUUGCUUACAAAUUAAUACACAUCUAUUAAUUAAAAUGAUAGCCAUUUUCAAUUAUUUGAAAACGGAAACAUUUUAUGUCUAUUUUCAGAUAUAAAUCAAAGUAAUAACAUAAGCAUCAUUACGAAUCAUUGUGCACAGUGUAUUUCGUUUUUCAAUAUGUAUGUUUGUAAGAAAUUUAUAUCGAUUUUACUUUUCAAUUUAAUCUUACAGUAAUUUCUCCUAUUUACUAAAUAAUAAAUGUACAUUAUGGUAACACUAUUCACACACACGGAUAAAAAAAAGUUAACUUGUUUUUGGCAAAGAAUUUAUGUGAAGACACUUUAUAAUGUGUCCAUAGUUGUAAAUGCGAUGUUCUUGUCUAUAGACGAUGUUUGUUGACCACUUCCAUCCGUCCCGCUCCGUGGAAUUUCUAAGGUGGACCGUCAAUUAUUUUGCCACAUCUAGUUCAUUAAAGAAUUGAGUCUUGGAAAUGUUGGAUAUGUUUUUUCGUGACUUUAUACAUGACUUUAUAAAGACUUAUUAGGUAUUCUAAAAUACUUAAUAUUGUUUUAAUUACUCAUAACCUACCGUCUAAAUAUUUAUUAGUUAUUACCUAAUUAAAUGGUGUUUAAUAUAAUGUUUACCUGCCUAUCUUUAAUUUUGUAUAAGAUAAUGUAAACUUUUAUUUUUUUAAUUUAAAUUAUGAGUCACAUGAAAUCAUCAUUAGAAUUAUUUUUCUUAUUUUUAAGUUUUAUUUAUAUUAUACUACGUGAAAUAAAUCGAGUAACCAUAUCUAUACUUAUUGUCAUACAGAAUGCUUCUUGUAUUGAACUCGUGCUUUAACAGUUUUAAGAAAACAAUUUAUAGCAUAAGGUUUAUUAGUAGUCAUAAUAAAGAUAAAGUAAAAAUAGAAAAUAAAGUUUUAUAAAUAUAUCUAA